CCAAUGACGAGCCGGCUCCCGUCGUUCACUUCAAAGAGCCGGCUCUUAGAGCCAGUUCGUUCACUACCGACACAUCAGUACAACGUUGAACUGACUUCACUUUGAGUUUAACGAAGGGACAGCUCAGGACCGAAACAAGCCCACUUGGAGGUGAUGUGCUGAGGACUGAACACGUUUGAGAAUGGAGUCUUCAGCUGGACCUCCUGCUGCUAAGAAGCAUGGACAAACCUCGUUGCUGGACAGCGGGGAGGACUUUGAGGUGUUGUGUGAUGAAGACAUUUAUGACGACCUUCCUCCUCUGGAAGAUGCCGGGGGUGGAAACAGUAAAAAAACAGAAGAUGCAGAAAAGAAAAGGGUUGAAGAUCCAGAACCUUCUGGCAACAUUGAUGAAUGGCUAGAUGUUUUAGGGAACGACCAGCUGAAGAAAAAGGUCCUUGAAGCAGGGAAGGGACGUGACAGUCGGCCUCACAAAGGACAGGUCGUAAAGAUCCAUCUUAAAACACACUUGAUGGAUGGUACACUUGCACAGGAGCUAUGUGAUCUCGCUUUCACUCUGGGAGAUGGUGAUGUCAUCCAGGCACUGGAUCUGACAGUGCAGCUUAUGGAAAUUGGAGAGAAAGCACUCAUCCAGACAGAUGCAAAAUACGCAUACGGUGUCCGAGGAAGUCUUGAUCCUGACAUUCCGCCAAAUGCUGAGCUUUCCUUAGAGGUGGAGCUGUUGGAGGCUACAGAUGCACCUGACUUGGAGCUGCUUCCUCCCUCGGAGAAAAUAGCCCUGGCUGUUCAGAAGAGGGAGAGGGGGAAUGUUCACUACCAACGUGGGGAUUAUGCUUUUGCAGUCAACUCAUAUGGCGUUGCCCUGCAGAUUACUGAUUCUUGUUCCAAAGUUGACAUCAGCCCCGAGGAGGAGAACGAGCUGUUGGAUGUCAAAGUAAAGUGUCUAAACAACAUGGCUGCUUCUCAGCUGAAGCUGGACCACUAUGACGCAGCACUGAAGUCUUGUGUUUCAGCACUUGAACAUCAACCAGAGAAUAUUAAAGCACUUUUUCGAAUGGGCAAGGUUCUGGCUCUGCAGGCUGAAUACACAGAAGCCAUUCAAACUUUACGGAAGGCUCUGAAGCUGGAACCAAGCAACAAGACAAUUCACGCGGAGCUCUCCAAGCUGGUGAAGAAGCACUCAGAGCAGCGGGGAGCAGAACAGGCCAUGUAUAAGAAGAUGCUGGGCAACCCUUCUAGUAGCAGCGUACGGAAACAUCAGGCCAAGUCUUCAUGGGGUCUCAGCUGGAAGUGGCUUUUUGGUGCCACAGCUGUAGCCCUUGGUGGCGUAGCUCUAUCUGUUGUCAUAGCUGCCAGGAAUUGAAAUGAGCCUGAUCAAAUGCAGCGAAAGAGCCAAAAACACUGAAACACGUCUGACUACACCUUCUGACUGUUGGUCAAUGGUGGAAAUGUGAGAUGGUCGAUUACCUCUUCGCUGUCACCGUCUUUUCUCUACUAUGUUUGAGAAGUUACAAGUAAUAAGUUGUAAUAAUAGUGUAUAGAGAAACCUAUUUCCAGUCUUGUAAAUGUGUAGGUCUGUGCACAUACAUGUCGCCAGACUUUAUUUUCAUUUGUUCCGAUUAUUUUUGUCUCUGGCAAGCAAAGUUGGAAAUUGAUUGUUCCAGGAAUCGGAAGUGAUUCAAACAAAAGUAAUGUAAAUUAUAUUUAACAUAAAUGAUUCACUAGUUUUAGUAUGUCUCCAAAAGCAUUUGAUUUUGUUUAUAAAAUAAUAUUUAUUACCCAAGAGAUGGAAUUUUAAUUCAUGGAACAUGUUUCUCAUUUACAUGCUUUCUACUAUAAGAUCCACAGGCGGACAGAAUAUCACACACACACACACACACACACACACACACACACACCCCCCCCACACACACACACACACAUUAACCCUUAUGAUACCCAUAAGGAUUUCUACUCAUUUUAAUCAUCCAUAAACUACACCAUUAAAGUCACAGAACCAUAGCAAUGCAAUGCAACAAUCCAACAUUUACUGCCUUAAAGUUUCAGCUUUUCUCCACACCAGACGAUUGGGAUGGUAUUACACUCAACAGGUUUUGUAAAAACGUGUCUAACAUUAGCUGCAUGAAAGAGAAUAAACAAAUCUCCUCACACAUCAACUAUAGUUUUAUUUGCUAACAGAAUUAAAUCAACACUUCUUUGAUACAUUCAGUGCAGGCAAACCUACAGCUGUGGAGUUUAAACACAUUUAAUUAGCCACAUAUACAUAAUAAAUACAGACACUGUUGGGUUAUUUAGGACUGGGAAAGGUGUUUGAUUUCAUUAAAUUGUACUUUUAAUAUUUGUGUUAAAAGACCAAAUGUUCAGAAGACCCUAUGUUUGCAUGGGAAGUUGUUCUAAAGUUGUUCUGCAUUUCUUUUUCUCAUUCCAAAAAAUAAAUGUGACUGUACCAAA